CGGAUCCGGGAACCUUUCUGGGCUGUAGAUUAUUUCUCAGAUAGGGUCUCACUAUGAAAGGUUGGCUGUGUAGGAGCUCACUCUGUAGACCAGACUGGCCGUGACUCACAGAACAGAGACCCUCCUCUCUGUCUCCAGAGUGCUGGGUUUAAAGGCUCACCUGGCCCAGGCAUGGUUUUUGUUUCUUUGUUUUGCUUUUUGGUUUGUUUGUUUGUUUGUUUGUUUGUUUGUUUGUUUUUAACAUAUAUGAUUUUGAUUAAAUUAUCUAAAGCCAUGUUAUACAAAGCCUCAGCUGAAAGAAAAGUCAAGUCAGUACAAGUUUAUCCUAACAGCAUGUCAUUCUAAUUGAACUUUUUUUUUUUUUUUUUGGAGACAGGGCCUCACUGUGUAGACCAGGCUGGCUUCCAACUCAUUUAUCUGCCUGCCUCUGCCCCCCUUGGCCACCACAUCUAGCUAUGAGUAAAACAUUUUUUGGGUUUUUUUUAAGGUUUAUUUAUUCAAUGUACAUGAGUACACUGUAGCUGUCUUCAGACGUACCAGAAGAGGGCAUCGGAUCCCAUUACAGAUGGUUGUGAGCCACCAUGUGGUUGCUGGGAAUUGAACUCAGGACCUUUGGAAAAGCAGUCAGUGCUCUUAACCUCUGAGCCAUCUCUCCAGUCCUAAACUGUUUUAUAAAUGUGUCUGUGUACAUAUGAGAAAAGGUCUCAGGUAUCCCAGGUUGGCCCUAAACUUUUUUAAAAAAAGUAUUUUUUCUUAGGCUGGGUAUGGUGUCACAUGCCUUUAGUCCUAGCAUUCCAGAGGCAGGUAGAUCUCUAUGAGUUCAGGGCCAGCCUGAUCUACAUAGUGGGAUCCAGGACAGCCAGAGCUACAUAGUGUAACCCUGUCUCAAAAACAAAAAUAACAAAGCAAAACAAAAAAGCCCUCCUGAAAUGUUCUGUUUGCCUAAAUGUAUGUACACAUACUGCACAUUCACCGGGUGCCCAUGGGGACCAGAAGAGGGUCUGACUGUCUGAAACUGCAGUUACAGACAGUGUGAACUGCCGUGUACAGACAGUGUGAACUGCCAUGUAGGCGUUGGAAACUGAACCUGGUCCUCUGCAACAGCAGAAAGUGCUCUUAACCUCCGAGCUCUCUCUCGAGCUCCAAGCAUGGAACUCCGCAUCUGAGCUGAUGAUCUUGAACUCUGACUCCUCCUCCAGCCUCCGCCUCCUGGGAUUGCAGACAUGGGCCAUCAUGUCACAAGCCAAGAUUCUGGGUAGGCAGAUAAUCACUUCGAGUGAAGGCUAUGGAUUGUACCCUAGAUCCCCUUCUGCUGUGUCAGCUUCACAUGAAGCAAUCUUGCCUCAAGAAAGAGAGUCUACCAUAUUUGGUAUAAGGGGAAAGAAGUUACACUUUUCAUCGUCUUACAAAGCAUCUCCCAGCACCAAAGCCUCUGGCUCGUCUGCUGAUGGAGAGGAGGCGGACUGUAUAAUCUUCUCUGAAGGAAUAAUCGAGGAGUACCUAGCUUUUGACCACACAGAUAUGGAAGAGGGAUUUCAUGGAAACAAAUCAGAAGCAGCUACAGAGAAACAGAAGUUAGGGUACCCUCCCAUUGCACCAUUUUACUGCAUGAAAGAGGAUGUUCUUGCUUAUGUGUUUGACAACGUGUGGAGCAAGGCUGUGGGCUGUAUGGAGCAGUUGACACGUAGUCACUGGGAGGGAUUUGCUUCUGAUGAUGAGAGUAACGUUGAAAUUACCAGACUGGAUUCGGGAAGUCCCUAUAUGCUGAACGAACAGCAGCCUUUGGUCUUACCUCGAGUGCCGCAGUCUAAGGUGAUGUCAGUCACCUCAAAUCCGAUGAAUUUCUGUCAAGCAAGUGGUCAUCAGCCAAACGUGAAUGGCCUCUUGAUUCAUGGGAUGCCUCUACAGCCAAGGAAUCUCUCCCUGAUGGAUAAGCUCCUAGAUCUUGAUGACAAGCUCCUCAUGAGGCCUGGGUCCAGUUCCGUCCUUUCAAACCGAAAUUGGCCAAACCGAGCCAUGGAGCUCAGUACAUCAUCCUUGUCAUAUACAACGCAGUCUGCCAGGAGGCGCAACCCCCCACCACGCACCCUUCAUCCGAUCAGCACGAGCCACUCACGCACUGGAACACCGUGGCCUGCAGAAGAAAUCCUCAGAGGACCCCGGCUUCCGAUGACAGCAGACUCACUCUCUUCUCCCUCACCAAUGACCAUGGGUCGGAACAACCUGCUGCCACCUAUUGGAACAGCUGAUGUAGAGCACCUGAGCAUCCUGGGGUCCCAACGGCCAACAAAACCCCACGGUGAUUCCAGCCGAGCCCGAAGUGCGGCGGUGGACGAGCCUAACCAGCAGCCCCAGGAGAGGCUCCUUCUGCCUGUCUUCUCUAGACCCAACACAACUCAGUCGUUUCUGCCAGAAACACAGUACCGAAGCUCAUGUGCGUCUGAGUGCCCUCAUCACGCCCGGCCUGGCAGGGGGUCUGCAGGCCCUCAGUCACAUGGGUCUACAAAACCUCAAAGCAGAGGUGGACCCAUCUCUAGAACCAGGCAGUGACCACAGAGCAAGUGAGAACUUGCAAGGUUGCAGCAGACUUGGGAACACAUGGAGGCUUUCAUGCACCAGCCUGAGCACCAGAUGACCCAGAGCUCCUACAAACAGCAGCGUGGUCCAUCGAGAGCCAUCUUGGAGCACAUGUCUGAGAACCACCACAGUAUCUGCCAAAGACUGCACGGGAAGCUGUUCUGUGUCCAGUUCCUGCCUUCUUUUAGCUCUCAUUCCAUGGGGCAGUAAAGAUUGUACCCAAAGACUUGACAAUGAAAAACCACCCCAAAUCACUGCUCAUGUUGUCUGUAACCAAUCACCUGUUCAAUUCUAGUACGAUUCAGUGAGAUUGCAUACACACAAAUGAUUCAGAUCACUGAGUUCAGAAUAUUUCUGCUUAUAUUAAUUUCUGGAGGCUUGUACUCAGUUUUAACAUAUUUUUAGGAGAAAGUGCUGCCAACAAUCUGAGAUAUUCAUCAAAUAAAUGUCAUUCCUAAACUUUAA